CACAUCAGGGAACAGUGUUAUCGUAUACCUUAGUCUGUUGUUUCCAACUGUUUCAGAAACUCUUCUUAUUUGUAGAGGAAGUAGAGAACUCACAUUUUCAAAGAUGAGAGAGUGAACCAUGCGCUCCAGGGGGGGCGCGUAGUUGGCGAGGUGUCCCUUUCGACAUCACUGGAGGUUCGAUGCCGUAAUGUUAAAUUUUUCAGUUGUCGAUACUUUUAAAAGCGAUAAGAAUGAUUCUGAACUUUCCAGCACCAUCGUACGCCCAAGCUUCAACGCUAUUACGACGGGAAACCUCUCCAUCAUGCAGAACAACAAAUCGUGCGAGGAGCAAUUAACCGACUUUGACACGGUGGAGAAAAUAUUCAUUGGGACUAUGCUGACUAUCAUCACAGCGGUCACAGUGAUGGGAAACACUCUGGUGGUGAUUGCUGUGUGCGUGGUUAAAAAACUGCGCCAACCAUCAAACUAUCUGUUGGUAUCUCUGGCAGUAGCAGACCUCUCUGUGGCGCUUGUAGUUAUGCCCUUUGUUAUAGUAACAGACUUGACUGGAGGCAAAUGGCGUUUUGGCCCCGUGUUUUGCAACAUCUUUAUCGGAAUGGAUGUUAUGUGUUGUACGGCCUCUAUAAUGACUUUGUGUGUUAUCAGCGUGGACAGGUAUCUGGGCAUCACCCGACCCUUGACCUACCCGGCCCGUCAGAACGGCCAGCUGAUGGCCAAGAUGAUCUUCGGCGUGUGGCUGGUGUCGGCGUCCAUCACGCUGCCGCCGUUCUGCGGCUGGGCCAAGAACGUGUACGAGGGCGACGUGUGCCUGAUCAGCCAGGACCUGGGCUACACCAUCUACUCCACAGCCGUGGCCUUCUACAUCCCCAUGCUGGUCAUGCUGGUCAUGUACUACAAGAUCUUCAGGGCGGCGCGCAAGAGCGGCGCCAAGCACCGCUCCAUGCACUUCUCCGAGCGCCACGCCGAGCCGCUGGCCACGGUGGCGGGCGGCGGCGGCGGCGAGGCGCUGAAGAUGCAGGGCCUGAAGGGGCCGGUGGCGUCGGGCGUGGCCGAGGAGUGCGCGGCGCUCUCGCGGCUCCUGAGCCGCGAGCGCCACAACAUCUCCAUCUUCAAGCGCGAGCAGAAGGCGGCCACCACGCUGGGCGUGAUCGUGGGCGUCUUCGGCGUCUGCUGGCUGCCCUUCUUCACGCUGACCACCGUGCGGCCGUUCGUCUGCGGCGACGACGGCGGCGGCUGCGGCUGCGUGCCCGUCUGGCUGGAGCGCACGCUCCUGUGGCUGGGCUACGCCAACUCGCUCAUGAACCCCUUCAUCUACGCCUUCUUCAACCGCGACCUGCGCUCCACCUACCGCGACCUGCUGCGCUGCCGCUACCGCAACAUCAACCGCCGCCUGUCAGCGGUGGGGGUGCACGAGGCACUAAAAGUGUAGAUGGA